GAGAUAGAGAAGAGACAGAAAGCGAGAGAUAUAGAGAGAGCGAGCAGUUCGCAAGCUCUGUUGCGGAUCUCAAGAGGCAAAAGAAACGAAGUAGAAGGAAUUUGAACUGCGAAUUGUUCUGUAAGAUCAUUUAUUUUGCUUUGAAAUCGCAUUUUUUUCAGAUUAUUAUUCACUGUAUCUCUCUAAAUCUAGGGUUUCAAGAUUCAUUCUUGUUCUUCCUAAGAGCUGUUAUAGAAAAGAUUUAAACUCAUAUAAUUUCAUUUAGCUGAAAAUUGGUAAGCUUCAAAAGCUUUGGUCUUUAGCUCUAUAAACUUGUCAAAACUCAAAAUUUAUAUACAGAAUACAGUCGAGCUUUGUCUUACUCUGCUGAAGUCAAGGUUUUGAGAAGCUUCAUUGUUUGGUUUGGAUUAGGUAUACAAACCUAAGCUUGUUUAAACCCUAGAAGAAUUGAGUGAAUUAUAUUUUGAUAUGUCGAUGAACAACAACAAUCCAAUGAAGAAUGUUGGGGUUCCAAUCCCUUUUGGGAGUCCUGGGGCAAUGCCACAAUCUAUGCCUAUGAACCACCAGAGUCAUCUUCUCUCACAGUCACACCAUCAAACACAAGGCGGGCCUCAUUUUCCGGGUCAUUUUCAACUGUCUGAGCCUCAAGCUCAAGCACUGGCUCAGGCACAGUAUGCCCAAGCUCAUGCUCAGGCUCAGGCUCAGGCAGCUCAUGCCCAGUUCAAAGCACAGUUACAAGCUCAACCCCUGCCCCAUACACAGUUGCAAAACCCUGGGACUAGUAAUGUGGGUGUCUCUUCACCCUUAAUUUCGGCACCCGGCACGGGAAAUGCCAAACGUGCUCCUCAGAAACCGCCUUCUCGACCUCCUGGUUCCUCUGGUACUGGCUCAGCUUCACCGUUAAAGACCAUGGAAUUAACACCUGCGGCUCGAAGAAAAAAGCGGAAGCUUCCUGAGAAGCAGAUUCCAGAUAAAGUAGCUGCACUUCUACCAGAAUCAGCUCUUUAUACUCAGCUGCUUGAAUUUGAGGCUCGGGUAGAUGCUGCCCUUUUGAGAAAGAAGAUUGACAUCCAGGAGUCCCUUAAGAACCCUCCUCGUGUUCAAAAAACCCUUCGAAUUUAUGUCUUCAACACUUUUGCCAACCAGACACAGAUGACUCCCGAGAAGAAGAAUGCUGAGCCCCCAUCUUGGUCACUUAAGAUAAUUGGCAGGAUAUUGGAAGAUGGGGUAGAUCCUGAUGCAGCUGGGACAAUGCAGAGACAGGGCUCUUCAUACCCAAAAUUCUCAUCUUUCUUCAAGAAAAUUACCAUUUAUUUGGAUCAGAGUCUCUAUUCAGACAAUCAUGUAAUUUUGUGGGAAAGUGCUCGAUCGCCUGCACUUCAUGAGGGAUUUGAGGUGAAGAGGAAAGGGGAUAAGGAAUUCACUGCAAUUAUUAGACUAGAAAUGAAUUAUGUGCCUGAGAAAUUUAAACUUUCACAGGCCUUGAGUGAAGUUCUUGGAAUUGAGGUAGAAACCCGCCCCAGAAUUAUAGCUGCAUUCUGGCAUUAUGUGAAGGCUAGGAAGUUGCAGAUUCCAAGUGACCCGUCUUUCUUUAUGUGUGAUCCACCACUUCGGAAAGUGUUUGGGGAAGAGAAGAUGAAAUUUGCUAUGGUUCCACAGAAGAUAUCACAGCAUUUAAUUCCUCCACAGCCUAUACAUUUGGAGCACAAGAUCAAGCUUUCUGGGAAUAAUCCAACAGGAAAUACUUGUUAUGAUGUACUGGUUGAUGUCCCCUUUUCUUUAGAGAAGGAAAUGUCUGCUUUCUUGGCGAAUUUAGAGAAGCACAAGGAGAUUGAUGCUUGUGAUGAUGCUAUUUGUUCUGCUCUAAAGAAGAUCCACGAACAUCGUCGGAGGCGGGCUUUCUUUCUUGGAUUUAGUCAGUCUCCGGCGGAGUUUAUCAAUUCUUUAAUUGCAUCUCAGAGCAGGGAUCUAAAGCUUGUAGCUGGAGAUGCUAGUCGUAGUGCAGAGAAAGAGCGCCGCUCUGACUUCUAUGGUCAGCCAUGGGUUGAGGAUGCUGUUAUCCGUUACCUGAACCGCAAGCCCACUGCUGGAAGUGAUGCUCUUGGAAGCACAUAGCUAGGAAUUAUUGAAUUUUUAUUCUGCUGAAACAUUUCCAAUUAUGCUUACGUCUGUGCAAGUGGCUCGAGUAUGGAAAGCAACUGAGUUUCAUUUGCGGUAUGAAAUGGGUGCACCUCUAUCAUUAUUGGCUUUUCCCUUCCUUCUCCUUGAAGUGUAUGUGUUGGUUUCCUUGUCUAUUACAUGUGACCUUAUUGUGAAGGUACAAUGUGUAAUAUGACCUGAAUAUUUUUUCCUAAUAAUAAUAUGAUCUGAAUUAUAAUAUAU